CCUCAUUUCUCUCUCCUCACAUAAGCCGCGGUUACACAGAGAGCCACCUUUCCAGAUUAUGAUCCUUCCCUUCUCCCCCAUUUGAAUCCACCUUUUUCCUCAUUCUCUCCUCCAUUUUCUUUCAAAUUCUUUUGAUUACUUCUUUCUCCGCAAAGAAGAAACAAGAGAAAGUGAAAGGAAAUAACCCGAUAGGAAACAGAAAAGUAAUGAACCCCUAAAAAGGGUUGGAGUAUCGGCAGCGGCCAUCUCAGAUUUUCGGCAAAGGUCGCAAUUUUUUCUGUCAGAACCAGGUAUCUACGCAAAUUAUUCUAUCAUAGGAAUUAGGUUUGUCUAGAUUAUUGAAAAAGAUCAGAAUUUGGCAAGAGGGCUUCACAUUAAGAAUUUGCAUUUCCGGUUUGUGUCGAAAAUCGGGUGGGGUUCCCGUGAACGAUUGAAUUUUUGAAGUGGCAAAUUGGGGGUUUUGAUCGAUUGAAUUACGAAAUUAGGGCACCCCAAUUUUCCAAACUUGUAGAAGUGGCCUUCUUCUGAUUCGGGGGAAUCAAAAGAUAGAGGAAAAGACUUGGAUUCUUGCGAUCAGGUGAGGGAUAGUGGAAGAAACCGGAUUCUGGAAAAGUGCGAAUUACUCGAUAAAUGGCUGCAUUGGAAAUCGAUAGCGUGGAGUGUGUUUCUUCAAUAGAUGGAAAUGAAGACGAAGAGAUAGUUUCUCACACCAAGCAACAUGCUCUUCCACAUCAGUAUUCUUCCAAGCCUCAUGGCACGGUCGCUGUUGGACUGGUGCCUACUAGCGUCCAUGAGUUACUCGAGUGCCCUGUUUGUACUAAUUCCAUGUACCCACCUAUCCAUCAGUGUCCCAAUGGGCACACACUCUGUUCAACUUGCAAGUCAAGGGUGCAUAAUCGCUGCCCUACUUGCAGGCAAGAGCUCGGUGAUAUCAGGUGUUUAGCACUAGAGAAAGUCGCGGAGUCACUAGAGCUUCCCUGCAAGUUCUUCUCACUGGGAUGUGCUGAAAUAUUCCCGUAUUACAGCAAACUCAAGCACGAAGCAGUUUGCAACUUCAGACCACAUAAUUGUCCAUAUGCUGGAUCAGAGUGCUCGGUCACAGGAGACAUUCCUUGCCUGGUUGCACAUUUGAGAGACGACCACAAAGUGGACAUGCACACAGGGUCUACCUUCAAUCACCGCUAUGUUAAGUCAAACCCACGUGAAGUAGAAAACGCAACAUGGAUGUUAACGGUAUUCAAUUGUUUUGGGCAAUAUUUCUGCCUCCACUUUGAAGCGUUCCAACUGGGAAUGGCGCCCGUGUAUAUGGCAUUUCUACGUUUCAUGGGUGAUGAAACUGAAGCGCGAAACUACAGCUAUAGUUUAGAGGUCGGAGCAAACGGGAGGAAGCUGAUAUGGGAGGGGACGCCACGCAGCAUUCGCUGUAGCCACCGCAAGGUGAGGGAUAGUCACGACGGUCUGAUCAUCCAACGGAACAUGGCCCUGUUUUUCUCAGGAGGAGACAAGAAGGAGCUUAAGCUUAGAGUUACCGGAAGAAUCUGGAAGGAACAGCAGAACCCGGACGCUGGAGUCUGCAUACCAAAUCUUUCUAUCUAACCAAUUUCUUUCUCUCUUUUUUUUGCCUCUUUCGAUUUUGAUACGUUGCGUGGUUGCUUGUAUGUAUGAUAUUAACGUCUCUGCUUGCUUCCAAAUCUGUAACUUUGCCAAAAAGUUUAUUUGUGAAAUGACUCUCUCAACAUCAUCUUCCUAUUUCAAA